AUGCAGCAAGAAUAUCGGGCUUGGCUUCCUAAUGAGCUCAUCCUGCACGUAUUAUCAUACAGUGAUCCCUAUGAUUUACUGAAUUUCCUACGUGCCAACCCUAAGAUCUCUUGGUUAGUGACCUCUCGACAUACUUUACGUCGGGAUGAGCUGGGAAACAAUAUACUACACCUGCUCAUAUUAGAGGAGGAGACCGACUUAAUUAUGCCUCUACUGUCUAAGGGCAUUCAGAUGGAUUCAGUUGACAAGAGUGGCCGUACCCCCCUAUUACACGCGGCAAUGAGAGGAAACGAACUCGUUGUACGGGAGCUGGUAGGCAAAGACAGUGUUGUGGUGAAUAUGCCGGAUCAUUUUGGGCGUACACCACUCUCCUAUGCAGCUGCGAAUGGACAUGAAGCAGUCGUGAAACAGCUGCUGAGGCAUGAUGGUGUAGCACCAGACUUGAAGGAUCUUCUAAGCCGAACACCCCUAUCAUAUGCGGCUGGCAACGGACACCAAGCCAUUGUGAAGCUUUUAUUGGAACGACAUGACGUUGAGGCCGAUUCUAGGGAUCAUCGCAGCAGAACACCACUGUCUCAUGCAGCUGGUAAUGGAUUUGAAGAGGUGGUAAAGCUCUUCCUUGCGCGACACGACGUUGAGGUGGACUUUCCGGAUUGCGCUAACCAGACACCAUUAUCUUGGGCGGCCGAGCGAGGAUAUGAGGGAGUUGUGAGGAUAUUGAUCCAGCGAGGAGACGUACAGACUAACCUCAUUGAUAACUCUGGUCGGACACCACUAUCCUAUGCGGCGGGAAACGGUUACGAAGGGAUUGUGAAGCUCCUGGUACAGCACGGCGAUGUCGACAUUAACUCCAAGGAUCACCAGGAUCUGACGCCGCUGUCGUGGGCGGCAGCAGCUGGCUGCGAAGGGGUGGUACAAAUCCUCACGCAGCAAGAUGGCAUUGAACUUGACUCAACUGAUGUUUUCGGACGAACACCAAUGUUAUUAGCAACCUUUGGUGGAUACGAACGAGUCUUAAAACUGCUCUUGAGAUAA